AUGGGUUUUCGUUUACCUGGUAUCCGAAAGGCAUCAGUAGCUGCAAACCAAGCAUCUUCUAAAGCUAUGGAGGUACCAAAGGGCUAUCUUGCAGUGUACGUUGGAGAGAAAAUGAGGCGGUUUGUGAUCCCCAUUUCAUACUUGAUCCAGCCUUCAUUCCAAGACUUGUUGAGUCAAGCAGAGGAAGAGUUUGGGUAUGAUCAUCCAAUGGUUGGGCUUACAAUUCCAUGCAGCGUAGAGGUCUUCCAAGACAUAACUUCAACCUUGAAUUGA